AAUUUCAGGAUCUUCCUUCAAAAUAUGAAUUAUUUUUGAAAUUGGAACACAACUUGUCAAUCAAUCAUGCCAAAGAAGAAACGCAGAGGAAAUGAGUACAUCCAAGAAUUAGAAAGACAACUACAGAAAUCAGUGAAGCAUCAAGAUGACCGAAAAGUAUGCGAUUUUUGUGUGGAACUUGGUGAUGAGUACCGACGAAUCGGUAGUUUGCACGAUGCAUUAAGUUAUUAUCAAAAGAGUGUGCAACUUGCUGAAAAAUUAAAAAUUUAUGAAAAUGCUGUUUUUGCUCACCGAGCCAUCGCGGAAAUCCUCGUUGAUCCGGGUAUCCAAAAAAAUACCAAGGCUUUAGAGCAUGGGAAAAAAUAUCUGGAAGCAGCUAGUAGGUCUGGAAAAAUUCACUUUAUCCAACUUGCAUAUCACGUGCUUGGCUGGCUUCAUCUACAAAUCUAUCUGAAUUCGAAUGCAAAGCAGGAAUCUUUACUAGAAAAAGCUAAACAGUGGUGUGAAAAGAGUCUUGUUUAUUUAUCAAAGCAUGCCUUAGAUAUUGAUUGCGAUAAAGACGCGGUACGAAUGGGGGAAGAUUCGAGGUCAAGGAAAGCUCGGUUACAGCAAGUGCUUUCACAAAUAUGUGAUAAGAUGAAUUUACAAAAUUUAUCAUUACGUUACCACAAUGCAGCAAUGGCUUAUGCAACGCGUGCUGGUGAUCACGACUUGCAAUACCGCUGUUUACUUUCAAAAAUGAAUUUUUCUGGCGAUCAACGUUUGAAAACAGCUAUUGAGCUAGUUCAUGUAGCUGCUAAUUUAGAUCAGCAAGCAUCCUUUGAAGCGAAAUUCAUUUUAGCUCAGGAGAAAAUUAGAGCGAAAGAUUUUGUUGGUGCAAAGUGGGAUCUGAUUUCAAUGUUAGCUUCCAAAGGGCAUGAAAAAUUGGAUGCUGAGGAGCAAAGAUCUUUUUAUCAAACAUUGAUAACAGUCUACAAAACGAUUGAGCGAUUGAGAAUGCUGCCAAAUGCCGAUGAGCGUCUCAAGAUGAAGAUCAAUGAGAAAGUUGCAGAUAGCUUGUAUGAAACAGGAUUUUGUGAAAUAUCGCUUGAAUAUUACAAGCAGAUGUUAACUUAUGCUUGGCAAACAGAGGAUAAAAUUAAAGCUUUGGUAUCUGUAGCAGAAACAGCCAAGGAGUUAGAUCGUUACGAAGAGGCAUUUAAUUGCUUUACUGAAGUUGAAAAUCUUGAAAACACUUUGAAUAUAUGCAGUGCUAAGAAAGCGGAUACAAGUCUUUGUAUUGCUAAUGUUGCUGCUAAUAUUCAUUCUUUUACACCAAAGGAAGUUUUGGAAUUCUUCCGGAAAUCCGAAUGUCUUGCUAUCUACAACCAUCAGAAAAAAACCUUGUAUGAGAACAUGGUAGCAUAUAUGGAUAAAAAUGAUGUAGGCGAAGAUUUGCGUGUAGAAAUUGAAGCAAAACUUGUCUGCCUCAGUAAUGAUCCAGAAGACGAUGAUAGGAAAUCGGAAAGUGAUGAGGGAAAUGACGAAAACUUCGUCGAUGAAUGGGAUGACCUGAGUGAUACACAAAUUUUGGCUCGUUGUCAUGAGGAAGCGAAUCGUCAUAGUAUGGAAGAGCGCAUUCGAUCCGAGAAAGAUAAGAAAAUCAAUUUAUAUGGUGAAACACGGAUGCAUGAAGCUGCUCGCGGUAGUGAUACCCACUAUUUGAAAAUGCUUAUCGAUAUGGGGUACAAUAUAAAUGCUCGCGAUGAAGGUGGCUGGACACCGUUACAUGAAGCUGUUGGAGCUUUAAAAUUUGAAAAUGUCCGAAUUUUGGUUGGACACGGUGCAAAUCUUGAUUUGCGAUCAAACGAAGGGACUUUAUCAGCUGACGGAGAGCGAACGGAUAGCGGUGGUCUAACUCCGUUAAUGGAAGCAUGUGAUCGAGGCGCCACAGCAAUCGUUGAUUUAUUACUAGGGUUUGGAGCGAACGUUGCUAUUAAAAAUUGUGACGAUUGGACAGCGCUUGAUUUUUUUCGAAACGCAAUGAAAAUGGGGAUGGUUGAAGAUGAUGUUAUGGAGGAAGCCAAACGACUUAUAUCAAUCAUGGAAACUAGGCUAAUCGAAGUGAACAUAGCAAUAAAUGCUGAGCCACCACCGAAAAAGCUCAAAUUAAAUGAUAAAACCAAACCAAAAAUACAUUCGAGUGCUGCAUCUGGAAAAAUCCUCGAUCCAAAUGUAUCAAAUUUGCAAGAAUAUCGGAAAACGAUGAAUGUUGUCGGACGUGGAACAACACAUGAUCGAAUAAAUGUUCUGCUGAAUGGAUUAGAUACUGAUGAUUUGUUUGAUGAAGAUGAAGAGGAUGAAAUAUGGCAUACAAGACAUUCAUCGCCAACGCUGGAUGAUGCACUUAUCGGCGUUGAUGAUUUCACUGGAUUUCCUUCUCCUCAUCGGGCUUCAUCUUCGUUUUCAACCAGUUCUUUGCCUCCAUUAUUAAACAAACAGAGAAUUGCGAGGACUGAAAGUGCGAAAAAGGCUCCUCAAGUGACGAAAAAUUUUUCGACUGAUUUUUGUGAUGAAUUGUCGCAUCGUUCUGGUUCUACUUUAUUACCUGAACCUUUUGUCACUCCAGAAUUGGGGCAAAACAAAAGAAGCCGGUUAAGAGUAAAGAGAAAUAUCGAGGAAGAUUCAGAUGAUGAUAUAGUAAUCUCAUGUCCAGUGGUACGAAAAACACAAGCUGGAAACAUUUCAAAUAUCGAAUUACAACCUUCUAAAUGUUGCAGCAUGGGAAACGCAGGUGUUUUUAGCAAUCUGCAAGAAUCCAAAACACCGUCAUCAUCAUCUUUUGUGUCAUCAAGCAUUAAAAAUCAAAUUUUUAUCAAGAUUAUAAUGAUGAAGGAUGAUGGUGCACAUCUGAAGACUAAAGGGAUGCCCUUUGCAAGUUCUUGCUUCAUAGGCGAUAUCCGAAAACGUUGUAAAGAAGAACUAAAAGGUGAUGUGGAAUAUACAUCGAUGAUAAUAUGUCACGAUGAUUGCGAACUAUCAGAUGAUACACCAAUUGAAUUGGUAUUAGCAGAUGACAAAACAUUGAAAUGUAUCAUAAGUGGUUGGGCAAAACCGUCCGCUGCUCAAAUUUAUGCAAAACGAACGAAAAGAUUAAUGGCAAAUGUGUUACAUGCAUUUGUGGAAAGUACGAGUGGCUCAUUGGAUUUACGUGAAAUGAAUAUUGGUCAAGAUGAUGCCGUCUGCUCAGCUGUUGAAGUUUUGCAAUCAAAUCUACUAGAACUUUAUCUGGAUGGCAAUUCACUAUCAACUUCGUUUAUUGAUUUGGUUUCAAAAAUCCUUCGACAUCUCACAUUAUUGAACUUACCUUGCUGUGCAUUGAAAAGUAAGCACCUUCGAGAAUUGAUUGGUGAUUAUUCUGUUUGUGAUGCAUUGACCAAGCUAGAUUUGAGUUAUAAUAAUCUCAGUGAUAAUGGUUCCGAUCAUCUGGCCACUUUUAUUAGCUUGUGUCCGAAUCUUAUUGAUCUUAAACUUGUUUCUUGUAAUAUAAGCCGAAGCGCUACGAAUUGUCUAAUACUACAGAUUAAAAAAAUAAUUUCAUUGGAAUUGCUGGAUUUAAGUUUCAACUCGGAAAUUAAUUCGAAUCACGCUUCAGAAAUAAUUCAAGCUUGUAAAAGCUUAAAAUAUUUAGAUCUCUCAUGUACAGCUGUAUCCAAGAUAGAUAUUUUGCCAGGAGAGGAGAAGAAAUUAGAAGUAUUGAAAUUACCUCUCAAUAGUUUACAUAAUCCGGAUUAUAUAAUACAAUGGUCUUUGACAUGCUGUCCAAAUAUGCUGUUGCUGGAUUUGUCUGCAACAACAGUCGUUCCUUCGGUCGUCGAACUUUGUCUCAAGAUUAAAGCUAAUAAGAUGCCUUUCACAACAGUUUUCCUGGCUGAUUGCAGUUUGCUUGAAGCAAACCCAGAAGAAAUAGUUGAUAUACUUAAAGCAGCCUUAAUUACAAGCAGUACUGUAAGAUUUCAAUUUAGCAAUAAAUUUCGUCGGAAAAUUGAAGAAUUGCUUCCGGAUUCAUAUAAAUUUUGUUUGAAAUAAUCGCACUGUAUAUAUAAAUGC